CUUAUGCGUCAUGAGCAUCUGCGACGAACAGACAGACAUCAAGCUCAGUGGUAACACCGGGGGUUAUUUAAAUGAAAAUUAGUUGUUAGUUUGCCUGGGAUAAUGUCUGACACAAGUGAUUUAGAUCGACAGAUAGAGCAGCUCCGCCGAUGUGAAAUUAUCAAAGAAAGUGAAGUGAAAGCAUUAUGUGCCAAAGCAAGAGAAAUUUUAGUGGAAGAAAGUAAUGUACAGAGAGUUGAUUCACCAGUCACAGUAUGUGGAGAUAUCCAUGGCCAAUUUUAUGACUUGAAGGAAUUAUUCAAAGUAGGAGGAGAUGUUCCAGAUACAAAUUAUCUGUUUCUAGGAGACUUUGUGGACCGAGGAUUCUACAGUGUUGAGACAUUUUUAUUACUAUUAGCAUUAAAAGUACGAUAUCCAGAUAGGAUAAUGCUUAUACGAGGCAAUCAUGAAAGUCGUCAGAUUACUCAAGUGUAUGGUUUUUAUGAUGAAUGUCUUAGGAAAUAUGGAUCCAUAACAGUGUGGAGAUAUUGUACAGAAAUUUUUGACUAUUUAAGUCUUUCAGCAAUCAUUGAUGGAAAGAUCUUCUGUGUCCAUGGGGGUCUGUCACCGUCCAUUCAGACAUUAGAUCAAAUCAGAGCAAUUGACAGAAAGCAAGAAGUUCCCCAUGAUGGACCUAUGUGUGACUUGCUAUGGUCAGACCCUGAAGAUACCCUGGGCUGGGGUGUUAGUCCCCGUGGUGCUGGUUAUUUAUUUGGAAGUGAUGUGGUGGCCCAGUUUAAUGCUGCCAACAAUGUAGAUCUCAUAUGUAGAGCACAUCAGCUGGUGAUGGAAGGCUACAAAUGGCAUUUCAAUGAGACUGUUCUUACUGUAUGGUCAGCACCUAACUAUUGUUACAGAUGUGGUAAUGUUGCCGCCAUAUUAGAAUUAGAUGAACACCUGCAGCGGGAUUAUACAAUAUUUGAGGCUGCACCACAGGACACUAGAGGAAUUCCAUCAAAGAAACCACAACCUGAUUACUUUUUGUGAUUAGUUCUUGAAAUGUGACUGAAAACUGCAAAAAAAUGAAACCACAUAUUUAUUCCAAUAUUGUACACAACAAAGGAACCCAUGCAGUGAAUUGGAGCAAUUAAAUAUGGCAGGGACGAGGGCAGUUCUUGGAGUCUUCUCUAAAUGUUUUAUGGAAGAACACUAAGUGACAGAAUUGGUUGUUGUUAAAUGUAAUUUAAAUCCAGUGCCAGUGAAUGACAGGAACCUGUUCAGUAGUGAUGAUAAAUGAUACCUCUAUAGAGCACCAAAAUACACAACAUACAUACAAUGAAUUAAUAUUAUGAUACUGCACUGUUAAAUAUUCCAGUGAGUGACCUAAUGAUAGACAUUUCCAGUGCUGUUUUAAAGACCACAGCAUUGAUUAUACAUGUUCAUUUCUUUGAAUUAUCUCAAGACAUUGUGAGAUGUGGGUAAAUAACACUACAGAUUACACCUUGAAUCUCGACAAUACAGUAUCUAUUGAAAUGUUGAUAUUUAAAGAAAUUAGAUUUAUAGUGACAAAAAUGUGCAGUAGAAUAUAAUUUUAUAGUUAUGGAUGUAUAGUGAUAAAAUAUAUGAAUGAGAUGAAUAUGUGCAUUGAUUUUGCCUCAGAAGGUCUUGCAAACUUUGUUAGAAAAGGUAGGUGUGAUAGUCAAUAGUGGAUCUAUGUAACAUUCGUAUUUUAAUACAAAGUUGAAUCUGUAAAUAACAUUGUUUUAAAGCCCUUUCUAUACCCAUUGUAAAUAAAUUCAAGAAGUUCAUA